GAGUGUCGUGCGCAACAUGGCGGCGCCCAGAGAGGGUGAGGGUGCCGGCGACCGGUGAGGAGGUUUGUGGAGUCCGAGCACGCGACGUGUGGUCCCUCCGCUCCGUGUUCCCCGUGCUCUGGUCUCGAGCGGUCGUUCUCUGAGGCCCCCGCGCGAUGUGGAGGAGCUGCCUUAGGCUGCGGGACGUGGGGCGUCGCCUCCUGAACCUGCCCCGAAGUGGCCUCACCGCCUCCGAGGGGCUGGGGCCAAAGCCCCCUACCCCCAUCCGGGCCUACGUGCCCCCGGCAGAAAGGAAGAGGUUCUAUCAGAAUGUCAGCAUCUCACAGGGUGAAGGUGGCUUCGAGAUAAACCUGGACCACAGGAAGCUGAGGACACCCCAAGGCAAGCUCUUCACUGUCCCCAGCGAGGCCCUGGCCAUUGCCGUGGCCACUGAGUGGGACUCCCAGCAGGACACCAUCAAGAUGUACACCAUGCACCUGACCACACUGUGCAACACGUCUCUGGACAACCCCACCCAGCGGGACAAGGACCAGCUCAUCCGGGCAGCCGUGAAGUUCUUGGACACCGACACCGUCUGCUACAGGGUGGAAGAACCAGAGACGCUGGUGGAGCUGCAGAGGAAUGAGUGGGACCCAGUCAUCAGCUGGGCCGAGAAGAGAUACGGCGUGGAGAUCGGCUCUUCCACCAGCAUCACGGGGCCCAGCAUCCCCGCCCGGACUCGGGAGGUGCUGGUCAGCCACCUGGCCUCUUACAACAUGUGGGCCCUGCAGGGGAUUGAGUUUGUGGUGACCCAGCUCAAGUCCCUGGUGCUGACCUUGGGCCUGACGGACCUGCGCCUGACGGUGGAGCAGGCUGUCCUGCUGUCGCGCCUGGAGGAGGAGUACCAGAUCCAGAAGUGGGGCAACAUCGAGUGGGCCCACGACUACGAGCUGCAGGAGCUGCGGGCACGCACGGCCGCCGGCACCCUCUUCGUGCAUCUCUGCUCCGAGAGCACGGUCGUCAAGCACAAGCUGCUGCAGGGGUGAUGCCGGCCUCAGCCUGAGAUGGAGAUGCUGUGGCCAGCGGAGGCCAGUGUGGGCUGAGCCAGCGCGCGGGUACCAGUGACUGGUUAUACUAAACAUUCCUCCACCUGGAACUGAGAGGAGCUGCCACUUGUCUUGUUCCUACUGUCAUGUCUGGGUCCCGGAGGCCACCCCGCUGACCUGCAGGACACUCACUGCCCAGCAGGACUUUCUUGUCUGGGAGGUCUUAGUGGCCCUCAAACUUUUUUUCCCCUGGUUUUUAAUCAAACUUUUAAAGUGAA